UCCAACGUUGUACAAUCACUUUGGUUCCUGCGCGGUUAAAUCAUGGAGAUGAAAGCUGGAAGGUAGGGGAGCCUCGUAAGAAAGUGAUUUUUACUCAUCGCAUCAGUGGAGUUACUUGAAUUCUCGAAACUUUUAAAUGACAGAGGAUUCUUUUACCUCAACAUUUAGAAGUAAUACAUUAGUUGUAGCUUAUAUAGCUCUGAAUGCAAAACGAUCAGAUAAUGCUGCCGUGGAAGAAAAACAAGUUCGAUCUGAUAGAGGAAGAUAAACAAUCGAAACAGAAGGGGUAUGCAGUGAGUUUGAACUACUCUGCGCUAACCUCCUUCGCGAAGUCCUGCCCGGAGAGCGCACUGAACAGGGUCGGAAGCAUGUUUAAGUCGAAAAGAAAAAAGGUGAAGAUAACAAGCGAGGAUCCAACUUACACAGUUCUCUAUUUGGGAAAUGCUACAACCAUUCAGUCGAAAGGAGAAGGGUGCACGGACGUGGCCGUGAGCAAGAUCUGGGGUAAGAGCGAAAUGGGCAAGAAUGGCACCAAAAUGAAACUGACCAUCAGUUCGCAGGGCAUCCGGAUGGUGCAUGUAGAUGACAAGGCAAGGCGACCUGGACAUUUGUACUUACUGCAUCGAAUCACCUACUGUGUUGCCGACCCCCGGCUUCCAAAGAUAUUCGCAUGGAUAUACCGACACGAAAUGAAACACAAGGCGGUGAUGCUGAGGUGCCACGCCGUGCUGGUGUCCAAACCCGAAAAGGCAAAAGCCAUGGCAUUGCUCUUGUACCAGACCUCUUCAACGGCCCUAGCUGAAUUUAAAAGGCUUAAACGAAGGGACGAUGCCAGGCACCAGCAACAGCAGUUGAUAGGGGAACAAACUAUUCCACUUGUGCCCCUGCGAAAGCUUCUGAAUGGACAGUGUUACUAUAAGCCUCCCGUGGAGCGCAGCAGGAGCGCACCCAAACUUGGGUCGAUCACGGAGGACUUGAUAGGGGAGGAGGAGGAGGAGAAAGCCAUGCACUUUGAGUGCGAGGAUAUACUGGACUCAGACAAUUGCAAUGGUAAACAGGAGUUGUCCCAGAUUAUCAACGACCUGGGAGAGAUGUGCAUCGGAAACGACCUACAGACGCUGAAAUCAGACUUACGGGUUACCCGUUUGCUCUCGGGUGAGAGCACGGGAAGCGAGUCGUCAAUUGAAAGCAAUCAAGAUCCAAUCUCUGUCUCCAAUGGUUUCGAGGAACGGAAAAUGCAAGAGAUUGGCUGAGGAAAGUUGUUCUCAACCAAAUUGGACUGCCACAUUUGAUUCAUUGUGGACUCAUCGUCAUCCGACACUGUGUUGUUUUGUUUCAAGGAGCCAUGUAUGCCUGUAGUAUUGUGCCUCCCCAUCCAUUCGACUUGAAAGGAUAUGUGUUUCGUUUAGGAUUUCGAUGUGUCGAUUGUGGACUCGACAGAAACCCAACACAAUGACUUUUAGGUUCUGUGAAUGAGGCUAUCUGAUCACCACACACACUGCAUGCCUGGUCCAUGUAUGAGUUAGAGAGUAGUCAAGAUGUUAUGGACAGUGGCUGUGCAAAAUGGAGUAGGCCUACAAAUAUGGCAACUGUUACAAAGGUUGCAUUUUAUGUAGGGAUCCAUCUGAUAUGAAUCAGAUAUGUUGUCAAAAUACCAUAUAGCACUACUUUGCAUUUUUUAUAUGUGUAUUUGCACAGUCAAGUCAACCCCAUGUCUUUAACAUCCUGACUUCACAGAUGCGCAUUAAGGUGCUUAUGCACCAAGCUUAUCCCCUCAGCUAGUCUAUGAUUUAGAGGGGUUUAUGUGAGCUUGUUUACCUAACCUGUUUCCCUGAGGAAAUGUUAUUUGAAAGAAAAGAAAGAAUUGUCCUGAAUGGUGUAAUGCAUCCCAUUAGAACACUACUCAACCAGUACCAUCUUCUAUUUUCUCCUAUCAGGACAUUCCAUUUUUUUUCUUUUUCCGAAUUAUUUUUGCACUGUUGUGGAAUUCAACUGAGUAUUAUGAGUUACAUUCAUUUGUACAUAAUAUUGUGUUCUCUAAAUGUUCUCAUAAACAUACAUGUCAUUAUCUUUGCUGUGCAAAAGAAUAAAAUCCUGAUGUAUUAAGAUGUACAUAUAGUUAACACAUAAAUAAUAUACUUGUUUUUUAAGGAAGGAAACAUGAUUUGUUUCUGUGAACCUCGAAAAAAACUACCAAUAAAAACCAAGAAAAUAUA